UACCAAACGGAACUUCGUGCUUCAUAAAUUUUACUCCAACCUACUCUAUCUCUAGAUGCAUAUAGUUCUUCACUUUUUUUUCUCCUUAUCUUCAAUGAAUUCCAUAAUGCAUUACGAAUCUACGAAUUCCUCUGCAGUCUGUUCGGUUGCUUGAAAUCGCGUCAAACAUAAAGAUUCGGGAAAUCGAGGCUCGCAUCUUCGAUUUGGAUGCGCUUUUCAUAUAUUUGCUUGAUCAGAUUGAAAAAACUGUGAGUUUCGAAGGUUAAUUUUCUGAAGCAAAACUGUAUUGUAUUUGUGGCAGGUUCGAUUACUUAUUCUGUACGGUUCGGAAGAUGUCGAACAUAACUGUUUGCGCUCGAUUCCGGCCUUUAAGUUCGAAAGAGAGACGAGAUCAUGGAGAUGCAGUGUGCAUUCAAUGUGUGGACUCUGAGACGUUCGUUUUUAAGGACGAGAAGGCUGAGGAAUUUUCAUUUAGCUUCGAUAAGGUGUUCUACGAGAAAUCUGAGCAAGCUGACGUCUACCGAUUUCUUGCUCAGCCAAUUGUCCGAGAUGCUCUGAAUGCUGUUAAUGGGACAAUUAUCACCUUUGGACAGACUGGAGCUGGAAAGACAUAUAGUAUGGAGGGGCCUGGCAUACUAGAAUGUGAUGUAGCAGAGAAGGGUUUACUUCCAAGAGUGGUAGAAGGAAUUUUUGAAUGCACUAAAUGUUCUGAUGAAAUGAGCAAGUACUCAAUCAAGUUGUCUAUGGUUGAGAUCUACAUGGAGAAAGUGAGGGAUCUUUUUGAUUUAUCAAGGGACAACGUACAAAUCAAGGAGAGUAAAUCACAUGGGAUAAUGUUAAAUGGAGUGAUUGAGAUGCCCAUAAAGGACCCUCCAGAAGCAUUGCUUACCCUAUCUAAAGGAAUCGCCAACAGAGCAGUAGGAGAGACCCAAAUGAACAUUGCCAGUAGUAGAAGUCACUGUAUUUACAUAUUCACUAUCCAGCAAGAAUCAACCAAGGAUAAGAGGGUAAGAAUUGGAAAAUUGAAUCUAGUGGACUUAGCUGGGUCUGAGAAAGUGGAGAAAACUGGUGCUGAGGGGAGAGUUCUUGAAGAAGCCAAGACCAUCAACAAAUCGCUUUCAGCUCUCGGGAAUGUGAUAAAUGCGCUAACAUGUGGAUCAACAGGCAGAGGAAACCACAUUCCAUAUCGCGAUUCUAAGUUGACACGGAUUCUACAGGAUGCGCUUGGAGGGAACUCACGUACUGCUUUGUUGUGUUGCUGCUCACCCAGUCCUUCAAAUUCAUCUGAAAGUCUCUCAACCCUUCGCUUUGGUGCAAGGGCAAAGCAUAUCAAGGCUUCUCCUCGUGUUGCAAAUGAGGAUAAAUGUGUCAAAGAGCUCGAAAUUUUCACUCCAAUUAAAAGUGAAUUGCGCGAGAAACUUCUUAAUGAGGAGAGUUUGGAUUUUGAGCAAGUUCAAAUGCUUGAGGAGUUGCUUAUACAAGAGGGAAUUCUUUUUGAUCCUUGCUCCAUCGAAGAAUCGGAAUCAGCCUACGAAGAUGUUACUUCACAAACCGUUUCUUCGUUGCAGAAAGCCGUGGAAGAACUCUCGACCAUCAUUGGACAGCUUAAGAAAGAGAAUGAGGCUCUGAAGGCAAGAGUAUCAGCUGAAGAACUCCAUCAAGAGCCCAUCCCAAAGUUCAGCUUACUGGUUAGUAUAUCAUCCAAUCUGUGUUCUUUUAGGGACUGGCUCAAGUCUCUUUUCCUUUUCUCUACCAACCACUAUAAUUAGUUGUUGAAUAAAUUAGCGCAGCACCCCUCUGAUACCACUUGUUGAAUGAAUUAACAAAAGGAAAUAGACAAUCACUUGAAGAAAGAAACUUUUAUUUAGAAA